GAACUCCGAAUAUCUGUGGUACAUUUCAUACUUUCAUUUACAUAUUGGUUUGUGCCUAUCGUAAAUACAAGGGCUGAAGCAUUGGAAUCUCCAUAUAUAAGAUAAUAAUGGCUAGAUCAUUAUCUGGUUUACUCCUGAAGGGUCUCGCGGGCCUUCCAGCUGCCCAUUCCUUGAGGACAACGGUGGCAGGAUCUUUCUACCAUCAUGUCAUGACCUAUUCUACUAAUGUGACUGAUGAUCCUGAUACCCAUGAGGAUUUCAGACCCACCAGCAAGCUUGUUGGAUCUGACCUUUCUAAAGAGGCCAUUGUUGAGCAGGAUGUCAAGGAAAAUCCUGUGAUGAUUUAUAUGAAAGGCGUUCCUGAUAUGCCUCAAUGUGGAUUUAGUUCACUAGCGGUUAGAGUACUGAAAGCAUACAAUGUUCCUUUCAGUUCUAGAAACAUUAUGGAAGACCCUGAACUGAAGACUGCUGUAAAAGCCUUCAGCAACUGGCCCACAUUCCCACAGAUAUUCAUUAAAGGAGAAUUUGUUGGAGGAUCUGAUAUUAUUCUCAAUAUGCAUCAGACUGGGGAACUGGAGGAAAAGAUCAAGGAUAUUGCUGCCAACCAGGAAAUCAAGGAAUAGAUGAUGCUCUUGCGUCUAAGAUAAAGAGUGGUGGAUACCCAUACUGGAUGAGUUU